AUGAAUAAUUAUCGUGAGGAAACGAAUCGUUUGAAGAAAAGAGUACAGGAGUUGGAAGAGGAGCGUACUCGGCUACAUCGGACUACAUCCAGUCAUUCAAGUCAGGUAGAAAGGGUGAAAAAGAGCUUGGAGGAGACCAAGACUCAGUAUGCUGUCGUAGAAUCGGAACGGAACACCCUUAAAAAGGAGUGCGAAUCCGCUAAGCGUGCUUUAAGCCAACAGGCGUCCGAGCUUAAAUCUGCUUCUACUCGGCUUCAAAGAGCACUCGAAGAGGUAGAACGACUCAAAAACGAAUUGGAUGGUCUACGCUCCCGCAACCGCGAUACGAAUGGUGACAUGAAACACACAAUUGAACGACUGACUUCUGACAAUCGCCGUCUGGAGCGUCAGAAGACUGAAUUGAUCGCGGCGUUCAAGAAGCAGUUACGGUUGAUUGAUGUUCUGCGUCGACAAAAGGUAGAUCUUCAAUUUAGAUGUAUAGUUCUUCGCUUAGUUCGUUUACCUGUAUAUGGACCUUAUUUUGAUCCUUGUAAAACCAACUCAUCAAGUGCUCUGUUGCCUAGGUAUUCAGACAUAGGCUCUUCGUUUACUUUCUUCUGUUGCCAGCAAGUAACAUUCCAGUUACAUUGAACAUCUUUGAGCCGCUUAUUUUAGCUGUUCACGUCUCCACCUUGCUUACCGUGCGUAUGCUAUCACCAGAAAACGUGGCUCUACCAAAUUUUAGAUGAACCAACUCACUAGGGUGUGGCUCACGAGUCUAAAUCUUAUAUAUCUGUUUGUACGCUUAGCUCGUGUGCUAAGGUUGUGGUUGACAAUAUAUUUUUGCAACUUGUCUUAUGGCUGUUUGACUGACGCGUCAUUGACGUUUGUCUGUACAUGGCACACCACAAGAGGCCGCGUCCGGUGCAUCAUCAUCAUCAUCAUACACGUUAUCUAGAGGUGGGGAACAUCACAGCUACUGUGCCGCAAUACACAGAAAAAAGGAGAAAAAAAGAAUGUUACUGGUGUAAGCCGGCUGAGCUACCGGUAAUGGAUGAGCAUCGUUCCGGU